AGUGACUCUGAACUCUUGUCACGUGACGUUUCAAUGGCGGAAACGGGGCAUUGAUGUAAUGUUUGUGAUGACGUAAAGGCCUCCGUUGCCACGCCACGGACAGUUGCAUGAAAAUGUUCCCUUAAAAACGCGUUUCCUCGUCAUGUCGCCGAAGUCCGCCAUAUAGUUUCCAUGCCUUUUUGACAUGUUGAGUGAAAGGCUGAAAGCAGACAAUCGAUUAGUUGGGUCUGCGCAAUGCGAUGCAAGAGAAAUACAUCAAAUAAAGGGAUCUCGUUUGAGUUAAAAUAGUUGGCUUGGAAGCCAACCUCGCUGUUAAUUGCGACCUUUUUUCUGUAUUUGAACAUUUGGCCGACAUAAGCCUGAAAACGACGUGGUUGGUGUCGUGGUUUGGUUGAAAGAUGUCGCUGUACAGGGGCAUUGGCGGUGAUCAGUACAUGAGAAAGCGGAUACCAAAGAAUGCCAAGUAUCAGCACAUCAAAACAAAGCUUGACACUGCAUGUGCCACGUUUGUGUGGUGUGUUUUGAAAACAGGGGUUAGCUUCACCAAGUAUAUGGAGCGCCUUGAGGAGAUUAAGCAGCACUACAAGUUCAACAAAGGAGAAAUCUUCAAACGCUUUAAAGUGACAACAUUUGCAGAGUUGGUUCUUCAAGUCGCGUCAGUAUCAGACCUCAAUGAAUGUGUCAGUGGUGAUUCGUGCCACAAUCUUCAUGAGGGCGGCAGCGGUGAUAACAACAUGAUUGUGGCUAAAGCUGAGCCGGAGGCGGCACACACCAAUGGCGCGCGUGAGACCAAGGAUAUGGCACAGGAUCAGCAGCAUAGCCAGACCAUGAGAUCCACUUUGCUAAGUGUCAUCAAUGGAGUCGGCGAGUUGAACGUGAAUGGUGACCAAGCAAAGGCAGCUGAUACACAUGUGGGCACAGACACUGAAAAGCUCUACAAAGAUUGUCCCUACUUGUUGCUGGACGUCCGUGAGCGUGAGCUGUACGACCAGUGUCACAUUAUCACGGCUCACAGUUUUCCGAUCACCAUGUUGUCUCGAACUAUGAAUCCUUAUACCAAGGAAGUGUUGGAAUAUAAAAACGCAGAGGGUAAGAUCAUCAUUGUGUACGAUGAGGAUGAGCGCAUCGCUACUCAGGUAGCGACGAGUAUGUGCCAGCGAGGCUUUGAGAACCUCUUCAUGCUCAGUGGAGGUCUCAAAGUGAUUGCUCAGAAAUUCCCAGAGGGCAUGACAACAGGUCCCCUACCUGCAUCCUGCCUGCCGCCCACAGUGCCGUCCAAGUGGAGGAAGUGCGUGCCGCCUCCACCGCCCUUGGAACAGAUGGCAGGUCAAAGAUGGAGGUUUACAGCAGACGAGCUCGCUAGGAUCGAGGGCCAGCUGGAGAACAUCUCUAUGACGGGCAGUAGUCGUACAUCCAGUCGCAUGUCAACAUGCAGCAGUGUAUCCAAAGUGUCCAGUAUUCGCAGCCGCCAGGCAUCUUCAGCUUCCUCGAGGGAUAGCGGACGGGUCCAGAGGCCUUGGAAGUGAUAUCACCAUUAAUAACACCAACUCCUGGUGCUCCGCUCCAGUAGUAUUUCCUCUUCUAACAUUUGUUUGCACAUGAGUGUUUAUUGCACUCCAAUGAAGGAUUUCUGGAUCACGAUGAUUUUGUUUAAUAUAUAUAAAUAUAAUGUGUAAAGCAAAAGACACAUUUGAAUGUUGCAUUUUGUGAAACGCAUAACAACAUCUUAUGGAUCAUUGCAAACCUCACUAAGAAUGUGUGCGUGUUGCAUUGCUUGUGUCACGCUACUAGGUCAUGUGAUCAGAAGUGACUUCCUUCAAGUGACCUUCAACUAAAAUGUUUGUUGCAAGCAUUCAGGGUGACAUUGUUUGUUGUCUGAAACCCUUCAAUGUAACUUAAUCAGGCUAAUGAUAUUUGCAUUGUGAAAGUUGUCAUGAACUGGUUGUACAUCUAGUCUGUUUGCUCUUUCGUAUAAAUAGGACUAUGGAAAGCCAUUUCUAUUUUAUGGGAUUAAGAGCCUUUUAUUGUCAUUGUUUCUGUCGACAUGCAAUUGAUUGUAGUCAUUACUUUGCAUUAUUUAAUUCAAUUUGUGGAUUAACUUUGCUAAUUGAAUGCUUUGUUUUCAAUAGUACUGUGAUUUUACUUUUCUGUAGUUUUUUUUUUUUUUAAUUCAAUGUUUCGUCAUUUCACCUGAUAGUUAAUUAAAUUUUUUUUUUAUUUAAAAAAAAACAUUUUCCUGGAAAUUGAUUUGUAUUUUAGUUCUUACAAUAGCUUUGUUCUUGUUUUUUUUUCAUCUUGACUGGGCUGUAUUGUGAGAUAUAGUGACCAUUAUUAAAUUUUAUGGAAUUCUGAAUUUGGCAUAUUAUUUAUCU